AUGUUACAACUGAAGGUAGUUGUUGAUGAUUAUAACAAAGAUGGGGACAAUAAGAUAAAUUUAUCCAUCAACAACGAAAAUGAACAGAAACCACCCAUUUUUUCAACACAAUUACCAAAACAAAAAUCUAAAAUAAUGAAACAAACUUCAUUUUUAGCACCAAGACAACAAUCAAUAUAUCAAAAAAAAAUAGAAUAUAAACAAAAUUAUAACUUUUCAGGAAAUAAAAGUUCAAUUAUUGAAGAUCAUAUAACAAAUAAUCAUAACAAUAGUAAUGAAUUAUCAAAUCCUUCAUUAUCUGUACCAAAUACUUUUCAUCAUAAAUCUCAUCCAAAUGCAAAAUCAAAAGAAUUAGGUUCAACUUUUAUAAAUGAUGAUCAUACAAAUAAUUCUGAUCAACAUCAUCAAAACAACAACAAUAGCAAUCAUCAAAAUAAAACUCCUAAUUGGAUGCCAGAAGAAUUAAAUGAAAAUUGGCCACAAUCUUUUAAUAUUGAAAAACCAAAAGAAAUAAAUUCUCAAAAAACAAAUGAACCAACAACAAUAAACACAAUUGUACAUAAUUCAGAUAUUCAAUUAAAAGAAAAUCUACCUUGGCAAAAUAAAUAUAAAAGUCCAGCUCCUAAAAAUUUACAACAUUUAUUUAAUGAAUCAAAAGAAAUUACUGAUACUUCUUCACCAUUUUCAAAACCAACUACAUCUUCACCAAUGAAAAUAUUUGGUGGAAAUUAUGAUACAUAUACAAAACAACAAUUUAAUGAUGUAUUACAAAACAUAGCAUCAAAUAAAAAUACACCAGCUCAUAUAAAUUCGAAACCAAUAUUAAAUUCAAAUCAACAAAUUUUAAAUAAACCAAAUGAAAAUAUAAAAGCUUUUACCAAGACAGGUUCAUAUAAUGGAAAAUCUUAUAUGACAAAUGCAAAUAAUAUUUUUAAAAAUUUAGAAAGAAAAUUUAAAUCAGGAGAUGUUAGAGUUGUUUCACAAGAUACUGCUACUUCAACACCAAAAAGAAAAGUUGAUACAGAACAACCACAAGAAGAAAUUGAAUAUGCAUCAUAUACUACUGGAUAUAGUUCAGAUGAAAAAAGUGAAAUUCAAAUUCAAAAAUCAAAUGAAUAUACAAUGAUUUCAAAAUCUGAAGAAAGUGAAGAAAAGAGUGAGGAGCAAAGUGAUGAAAAAAGUUCAGAAAUUCAAAUUGAUGAGUUGAAAGAGCUAACUUUUGAUGAUAAUGAUUCAAGUUAUACACAUGAAAGUACAGAAGAAGAAGAAGAAGAAGAAGAAAUUCAAGAUUUAUCAAUAAAUAAUACAAUCACACAAAUUAAAUUAAAAUCUCCAUCAAAAUUAAGAAAAGAAUAUGAAUCACCGAUUAUAAAUGGUGAAAUUCAACCUAACCUUGAAAUUUUGGAAAAACAUGGUAAUAUGAUAUAUGAUGAAGAAAAUUUUAGAUGGAUUAAUCAAGAUGAAAAUUAUACUCUUGAUGGAUUAUCAGAUUUAGAGGAAGAACAACCCAAAAAAAAAGAAGUUUCAUUUCAUAAAAAUGUUGGUGAUAUAACUGCAAUAUCACAAAUUCAAGAUAUUUCAUUUUCAGAAUCAAAAAAGGAAUUAAUAUCUGUAUUAACUGAUGUAUUAGAAGAGUUAAGUGUUAUUGAUUGGAAUAAUGUUGAAGAAAUAGAUGUAUCAAAUAAACAAUUAAAAACAUUAAAUGGAUUAAGUAAAUGUUUACCAUCAUUAAAAGAUUUAGAUGCUUCUAAUAAUGAAUUAAUUUAUUUAUCAGGUAUCCCCAAUGUAAUAAAAUUAAAUUUAUCAAAUAAUAAAAUUGAAAAUAGAUCAACUUUAAAUGAAUUUACAAAAUUAAGAAAUUUAUCAUUAAGUAAUAAUUAUUUAACAAAUAUAAAUUUAUUAAAUAAUAUUCAAUUAACUUAUUUAAAUUUAUCAAAUAAUAAUUUAAAUAGCUUGAAUGGAUUGAGGAAUUUGAAAUACUUGAGUGAAUUGAGUUUAUGUGGAAAUCAAUUGGAAGUUAUUGAUUUAGCUGAUUAUGAAUUUAAUGAAUUACGAAAUUUGAAUGUUUCAAAUAAUCGUAUCGUGGAAAUUAAAAAUAUAAAUCAUUUAACUAAAUUAAGAGUUUUAAAUUGUGAUUAUAAUAGUUUAGAAGUAUUUCAGCUUAGCGGAUUUAUUACAAAAUUACAAAUAAAUCAUAAUUUUUUGAAAUUGUUGGAUGUUAGAGGUUUAAAAAAUUUAAGAUGUUUAAAAUUUGAUAAUAAUCUAGUUGAACAAUUCUUAACUAAAAGAGGUAAUGGAAUUGAGAAAAUAUCAUGUAAAUUUCAACCUAAUGAAAUUGAUUUUAGUGGUUGUUUAAAUUUAAAAGUUUUAAAUAUAUCUGGUUGUUCAUUUAUUCCUAAAAAUGAUAAUAUUACUCAUUUAACAAUGAAUGCAGGAACUUUCAAAACACUACCUAAAGAUUUUGCAACUCAAUUUUUUAAUCUACAGUAUCUCAAUUUAAAUUUUAAUCAUUUCAAAAGUUUAAAACCUUUAAGUGGAUUAAAAAAAUUAUAUUAUUUAUCAUUAGUUAGUAAUGACUUAUCAGACUUUUAUGAAACAAUGAAUUGUCUAAAAUCAUCAAAAAAUUCAUUAGUGGUGCUAGAUCAAAGAUUAAAUCCUUUCACUUUUGCUUAUCCAUAUGUUUUUUUCCCAGAUGAAACUCCAAUACAACAAUUAAAAAAUAUUGAAGAUUUAGAAACUUUUGAAAUAAAUUUAAAAGAAUUAAGUAAUGGAGAAUGGCAAGAAAGAAAUAACAACUUUAUUUCUAAUGAAAUUUUAAAUUAUAGAAAUUUAACAAUGUUAUAUUUUCAAAAUUUAAAAAAAUUAGAUGAAGAUGCCGAUGUUUUGGUUUUAACUACUCCUGGUAAUCAUUAUGUAGAUAUACGAAUUUUUAAACAAUAUUAUCCUUGUAUUAAUAAUAAUUUACCAUUUGACCAAGUUUUUGAACUAUGUUUAGCUGGAAAAGAAGUGCCUUUGACGGAGAAUAAAAUCAAAUUUGAAAGUAUAAUUAAUUCUCAAAGUUUAAAAGACUCGUUCAAGACAGGUAAAAUUGAAAUAGAUGAUGAUAUUGGUGAAUUUAGUGAAUAUGGAUUAGAUCGUAAAGAAAUUGGAAAAAUGAAAAACGGCAAAGGAGUAAUUCUGCCAUAUAUUGAAAUAUGGAGAUCAUUGGAUCCAUCAAAACACAGUCCUAAAAAAGAAGUUAGAGAAAGCACCACUGAAAGUGUUGAGUUUUCAACUUAUGAAUUAAAAACAGGAUUAGGUAAAUUAAUUCAAUUAGGAAAUUGGAAACAAGGUAUAAUUCAAUUGGAAAAUGAUAUAAUAGUAUUACGAUCUUGGUUUAAUGGUCAUCAUUGGGAUAAUUUAAUUAAAUAUGGUGAUAUUUCAAAAUUUAAUAUAGAUAACAAUCUUAAUUGGGUUUGUAUAGAAAAAAAUUAG